AUGAUUAGAAAAUUUUUGAUUUCGUUAUUUUUAAUAUUUUUAUGUUUGAACAAUGUUGUAAUUGGAAAUAAGUGUAAGAAAGCAUUGAUAGAUAUUGAUACAAAGGAUUUGUCUUUGUCUAGUAUAUUACGUGCACAUAAACCCGAUAAUACAACAUUAGGUUCAUGGGUUUAUUUUUUCUUUAAUCAUUUUUCAAAUGUGGAUGAAGCAAUAGAAUAUUUAAAGGGAUUAAAUAUAAAUGUAUUAGAUAUUGAAGAUCAUGCUUGUUUUGCAAGAGCUUUUAGUGUAUAUUUGCUUCAUUUUUAUGCAAAAGAUUUAAAAAUGAUGAUUAGAAAUGAAGAACAUGAAUCAUUUUUCAAAAAUAAAUUAAGUGAAAUUAAUAAUAUAAUAUCUGGUGAUUUCCUUUCAACAUUAAAACAUGAAUAUUUUUUUGAUAAGUUACCAUCUAUUAUAGUUAAAGAAAAAGAUGCAUCCCAUAUAGUAAAAAGGACUGAUUUUUUACAAGAUAUAUUAGAAAAAGCAGAUUUAAAUAACCAUGCAAUUUAUAAAAACGAUCCUACAAAAGUAUUUAUUUUUAAUGAAAUAAAUUUUUUUAGAACAUUCCAAUUAGAAGGUAAACCACAUAUACCUGAUGAUCAACUUUCUUUUAUGCGUGAUUAUGCUUUAUUAAUUUAUCUUGGUACUAAGGAAAAUUAUUAUAAUUCUGAUAUAACAGAAUAUGCACAAGGAAAUUAUAAUAUUUCGAAAAAUAGAACAAGAUUAGGAUUAAAAAAACGUAGUAAAACAUUUUCUUUAGAUGAUCCCCAAAAAAAUUCCAAUAUAUUUGCUUUUUGUGAAAAAAAUGGAAAAGAAGAAUUUUUUGGUACACCUGAUGAUUUAAUUUCAUCAUUUUUUUCUGAUAUGAAAGCUAAAAUGGUUAAAGGGCAUAAGAGAUUUUUGAUGGAAUUUGAUUAUGCUGUUAAAAAUAGAACUUAUGCUUUACCUAAAGUUAAGGGAUUUCGAUUUUUAAAACAACUUUUUCAAAGAAAAAAUUUAAAAAAUUUCGUAGGAAUGUAUAUAAACCUUCUGUCUACUGAAAUUGAUUUCUUAGCAGAAGAUUUUGUAGAAAUGUUCGAUACUACUAUGAAUUGUUAUGGACGCCAACAUGCCGCUCGUGCAGCAGAUCAUUAUAUGGAUAUGAAACUAUCGAACAUAUUCAAAUAA